AUGACGGCUAUCGUCAAGUCCUUUUCGCAUGUUGUACUGGACAUCACCGCAGGUAUAGCCCUUCAUCUUCUAGUCCUUCGACAUGGGGAAUGGGAUUUCGUCCUGCCGGUCAUGAUUGUCAAGUUGAUUGGUAUCUGUGUGCCGAUUGUGGCCAUUGGAGCACUGUUGUUUCAUAAUCGAAUCGAUAUUUUCUGGGCUUGGCUAUCAACAAUAAGCCUGCGUGUCUUCAGAGUCACUGGAAGCCUCUGCGUGAGCAUUUUGAUAUACCGAUGGCAAUUUCAUCGGCUGCGGCGGUUCCCAGGACCCCUUGGAUCCCGAUUGUCGACUGCAUAUAUUAUGUGGAAAUCUGGCACGAGCAGCAAUGCCUUCGAGAUGGUCGCAGACUAUCACGAACAGUAUGGGGACUUUGUUCGAGUGGGCCCAGCGGAAUUAUCAAUCAAGCAUCCAGAUGCCAUCGCUGCCAUUCACUCUUCCAAGUCGUCAUGUAUCAAGAGCCCGUGGUAUGACAUAUUACAGCCGCAUCGGUCGGUGUUUGGGGCCCGAGAUCGAGGGGAGCAUCAACGUCGCCGACGUGUAUGGGACCACGCAUUUCGACCUGCUGCUCUGAAGGAAUACGAGCCCUCUAUGCGAGCCUGCGUGAAUCAGCUAGUUGAGAAAGUCAGCAAAAAUGCAGCAUUGGGUACUCCUGUCAAUAUGACUGAGUGGUUUGGGUGUCUUAUGUUUGAUAUCAUCGGUGAACUUGCGUUUGGGGAAUCGUUCGGCACCCUUGCCAACGGAAAACCACAUUAUAUGAUGCAAUAUCUGCACGACUCAAAUGUGUCAACGGGAAUAAUGAUUCGCGCGGUGUGGAUUAUCAUGGUGUUCCGGACUAUACCGAUCAUCAAUAGAGGCUUGCAACAAUUCCUGGAUUUCUCCGAGACAGCAAUGGAAAAGAGACUGAAGAGAACGGAUCAACCGCGAGACGUCUUCGCUUGGCUUUGGAACGACUUUUCUGCCAAAUCACCCCAGACGAUACAAGCUAGGCAGAACCUGAUCGCUGAUGCUUCGUUGUCAGUGUUUGCUGGAAGCGACACGGUAGCCAUCACGAUGACGGGGAUCCUGUACUAUCUCAUGCGUUACCCAGACUACCAAAAGCGACUACAGGAUGAGUUUGAUGAGGCCAGAGAGCGCAACAAUGGAUCGGACGUUCAAGAUCUUACAAAUUUACCGCUUUUCAACGGCAUCAUCAAUGAAUCACUCCGACUUCAUUACGCUGGCCCCUCGGGCUUUCCCCGAAUCACACCACCCGAGGGGAUACGGGUAGGGGAGACGUUCAUUCCCGGCAAUGUUAAUGUCAAGGUCCCAUUUUAUGCUGUCUUCCGGGAUGAGCGCAAUUUCAAGCACCCCGAUGAGUUCAUUCCAGAACGUUGGUACAGCCGUCGCGACUUGAUUCACCAUCCAGAGGUUUUCGUCCCUUUCCUGAUGGGGGCAUACAAUUGUGUUGGCAAGAAUGCUGCUCUUAUGCAGAUCAGAUGGACCAUGUACUCGCUUUUCAGCCGGUUUGAGGCACAGCCGUCAAACAAGGACCAGCUCCAGCAAUACUGGGACCAACGAGCUGAUGGGUUCAGUAUGGGGAUUGGCCCUCUUUGGACUAUAUUCAAGGAACGGCCAGCACGGGGGAGCUCCACAAGUCACUGA